AUGACACCAGCACUUUUUGACGUAUACGAGAUAUUAGGACUGGCUGUGGAUGGCGACCCAGUCACAUGUCGUCCUAUCAAGGACCUGCGAAAGUUUAUAAAAGAUAACUUGGGUAUAGUCCCUGAUGGCAACUUGGCAAGCCUGAGGCAUACAUGGCUGAAGGCGAAUUUUAGGGAAUUGUCACCUGAUGCAACCUCAAUUCAAGUUUAUAGAUAUACUCGAGCAUAUCUGCUCUUCCUCAUCAGUGUAACUAUAUUUGCUAAUGCAUCAGUUUCAACAGUGUCACCAAGGUACCUACAAUUUUUUGAAGAUAUUGAGGGCGCCAGCACAUAUGCUUGGGGUGCUGCAACCCUUGCAUUCCUCUAUCGCGCACUUGGAAAAGCUUGCACUUUCAAGCGAAGACCUUUUAGUGGUUCAACCACUCUCAUGCAGUGCUGGUCAUAUGAGCAUAUUAUGCAUAUGAGGCCCAUACCGCAUAGUAUCCCUCCAAAUAUGCCUAGGGGCAAAAGAUGGGAGCCUCCGAAGAAAUAUCAUGGCAAUCCACAUAACUUAAUGCCUUCCAUCAGACAAGAAAUUGAUAACCUCCAACCUAAUGAGGUAAUCUGGAAUCCCUAUUUCAACCCUGAUGAGGUCAUUUCAGAUGAUAGGCAACAAGCAUUUCAAACUGUAAUGUGCCCUACAACAUUGAUAUUUGACGAUAUUGCUGAGCACUACAUGUCAGACCGAGUAUGCUGGCAAUUUGGAGUAAAAUAUGGCAUUCCUAGGAAUCCCUUGGUUGUUAGUAAGAGGCAAAGCAUACAAUUUGGACAGCGAGACUGGCGAAACGUCAAUGCAGAUAAAAUCGCUAACUGGUUGUCUCGCCAUGACCGCAUCAUGCCUGAUAUUCAACAAGAUACUGACAAUGGGUUGCACUCAUAG